AUGACAUUCCUGCGGCUCUCGCAAAUUGUCAACCGCUGCCAGCGCCACAGAUGCAACACAACGUAUUGCUUGCGUGUCAGAAAGGGAAGCGGUGACCUGGCGAGGGACAUGGAAGGAGCUGCUGCCGAUAUUGAGGCGGCCAACGUGGCGAAUCCCGAAAGGGAGUGUCGAUUUGACUUUCCCCGUGCCUUGCGGGAGCUGGCCGCGGUCAUCAGGAAGGAAGGCAAGUCGUACUACAUCUUCGAGGCGGCUCGCAACGACAACCUCAUGAACCACUUCAAUCCUGCCAUCAUUCUGGGAUGGCUGGCCAACAUUGACAUAUCUCCAUGCACCAGCUUACAAGCAGUCAUUACAUACGCUGCCAAGUAUUGCAGCAAAUCGGAGAAGACUGAGCCGUACUGUAAGCUUGCAGACCAGAUUUUGCCGCACACCGCACACCUGCAACCCCUGCUGUCCUUCUCCUCUCGUCUUAUGAAUAAGCUGAUUGCCGAGAGGGAUUAUUCAGCGCAGGAGAUUUCCCACCUGCUGCUCAACAUCCCUCUGCAGGAAGGGACUCGGAUGGUUGUGUACGUCGACUGCCGCCCGUUGGAGCAGCACGUGCGGUCGUACCGCGUCGAUGAUGAUGUGAGUGAGGCUGUCGGCAGCUACCGGAAAUAUCUGCAGAGAAAUGACCAGCAUGAGAGUGUUACUUAUCUCGAGUAUUUGCAGUCGUACAAUCUCAAGACGUGGAGGAGACUCGGUGCGAAUGCGAAGAAGAGGGUUCUGUCCUACUUUCCUCGGUACAGGCCUGUGGAAGCCUCAACCCAGUUUCAUGACUUCUGCCGCGUCAAGCUGAUGAUGACCCAUCCGCAUCGCUCUCCGGAGGAGUUACUUGCUGUGGGUGGGCAGUGGUUUGAGGCCUUUGUUGCAGCGUAUCAGUACUGCCGGCAGCGGCACCAUUUCCAUGAGGACGACCAUUACGGGGAGGUGGGAACAAGCGAGCUCCAGGCGGAGGACGAUGAGUUUGAGCAGGAGGUGCAUGACGAGCCCAUCGCAGAGGAGGACUGGCAUGAACUUGCCCGCAUGCUGCCAGACCGGCCGCUGGAGGAAGAAGACAUCGACGUGCUUGGCCGCCGAGAUAUCGACGUGAAUUAUGACUGGACUCCCCACGUCGGACGUUACGACAACGAAGAUAUUCUCCGCGGUAACUACUGGAAGCGACGUAAGGCGCAAAGCUCCUUUCCCCUGGAUGUGGAGCAUCAGCCCUUAGAAGCUCGCGAUUCCCUGAAUCCGGAGCAGCGCCUCGUGUAUGACACGGUGAUGGACCACUUUCUGACCCAAGACCGUUCCCAGCUGUUACUCCAUGUGGAUGGUGGUGGUGGCACGGGUAAGUCAUAUCUGAUCAACCUGCUCUCGGCACACCUUCAGGCCGCGACAGGCGGGGGAGGGACACCUGUCUGGCGUGCCGCACCGACGGGCGUUGCAGGAAAUCAGAUAUCAGGCACCACUUUGCACUCGCUGCUUCACCUCCCGAUCAACAAGGACUUCAGACCGCUCUCCGCCAUCGACAAGGCCCAGCUCCAGAAGAAGCUGAAGGAUAUUCAGUACCUGAUCAUUGACGAGAAAAGCAUGCUGGGACUGUGCCAACUAUCCUGGAUCGACGACCGUCUCCGGGAGGCAUUUCCGCAUAGGAACGAGGAGUUCUUUGGCGGACUCAAUAUCCUUUUGGUGGUCGACUUCUUUCAGCUUCCUCCUGUUCUACAGAAGCCGCUUUAUUACGACAAAGAAGUGCAGGGAGUGGAGAUCAAGGGCAGGAACGCGUAUAUGCGCUUCGAUAAGACUGUCUUUCUGAGCGUUGUUCAGCGACAGUGCGGCGAUGAUCAGGCGGCCUUUCGCAAGGCUCUCGGGGAGCUUCGGCUGCUCCAGCUAUCCCACGAGUCCUGGAAACUUCUCUCUGGCCGCGUGCAGGCAAAGCUAGACGAUCAAGAUGUCGCCAGGUUUGCCGACGCCUUACGGGUAUACGCCACGAAAGACCGGGUGAACGAAUAUAAUCACUACCACCUUGACCGCCUCAGCCGACCAGUCAUCCAGGUCAUCGCUGCAAACGUUGGCCCCGGCGCGGCUACUGCCCCGGCGCGGCUACUGCCCCGGACGACAAGGCCGGCAACCUUGCGAAACAGGUCCCUGUAUGCAUUGGUGCACGUCUGA